AUGACUUUACUGGCGUCCUGGUUCCUCUUCCUCAUCUUUUCAGUAUGCAAGGCACAGGAUGAUGCUUUCAUGGAAGGAUCCGGCGAGGGUUCCGGUGAAGAUCCGGAACGUGCUAACCAGGAACCAGUCAAUCCAGGACUCACUAGCCCGGAGUUUGGACUGGCAAACCAUCGCAAGGCGCCGAUUAUACAGCAAAUUGAUGACAACAACGAAGCUAUAGAAACGACAAUCGUCACAAGUACUAAAUACAUUUUUUUAAAAAGGCAUCAAACCUUAAUCGUUUAA